AUGCUGCCAACCACUUCAGUUAAUUCUCGGAGCCAGGGCAACGGUGCGCUGAGCCCCAGAGAUGCUGCGAGGCAUACAGCUGGAGCAAAACGCUACAAGUACCUCCGGAGGCUCUUCCACUUCCGACAGAUGGACUUUGAGUUUGCUCUUUGGCAGAUGCUUUACCUGUUUACUUCACCACAGAGGGUGUAUAGGAACUUUCACUAUAGAAAACAGACAAAGGACCAAUGGGCAAGAGAUGAUCCUGCUUUCUUAGUAAUUCUCAGUAUCUGGCUCUGUGUGUCUACUGUAGGAUUUGGAUUUGUGCUGGACAUGGGUUUUUUUGAAAUGAUAAAGCUGCUACUUUGGGUUGUCUUCAUAGACUGCAUAGGCGUUGGCCUCCUGAUUGCAACUCUAAUGUGGUUCAUUUCUAAUAAAUACUUGGUGAAGCAGCAGAACAGAGACUAUGAUGUGGAGUGGGGGUAUGCCUUUGAUGUUCAUCUGAAUGCUUUCUAUCCACUUCUAGUCAUUUUGCAUUUUAUCCAGCUGUUUUUCAUCAACUAUGUCAUCAUAUCUGAUUCUGUCAUUGGGUAUUUUGUUGGGAAUACGUUAUGGCUGAUUGCAAUCGGCUAUUACAUCUAUGUGACAUUCCUAGGAUACAGUGCACUGCCCUUUUUGAAGAACACAGCUAUCCUUUUGUAUCCGUUUGCACUUCUCAUCAUGCUCUAUUUGAUCUCAUUAGCAUGUGGAUGGAAUUUCACCAAGAUGCUUUGUUCCUUUUAUAAAUACAGAGUGAAAUAAAACCAGGACUUCAUGUAUCUGAUGUUUAUUUUGUUUUUCUCUUAGAUGUCUUGACAGUAAAGAAAAAGUUAAGAACAUUUUUGUAAAUGGUUGUAAAUUUCUCUUUAUUGUAGAUAAUUGUAAAAAAAGUUUGAAGUGUCCUUUUUUUUAUUAAAAUAUUUACACCAGUAAACAUGUUAGCAAUUUUGUUCAAAUACUUUUGCAGUACAUUCCUAAAGACAAGUUACUUGUACAUCUCUAGCUUAAAUUUAACUGCAACAAGUCUAUUUAGCAUAACUCUUACCGCAGAUAUUUUGCAUGUACUGGCAUAAGCUCUAUAUUACGAGGGUUUCAAGUGACACCGAAAAGCAGUUUUAUUGAAGAAUAAUAUUGGAACACCUUGCCUUGGGACUGUGUGAAAGUAGGGAUCUUAAUCGUGUUGCAAUGGUAAAGCAACAACUGUCUCUAGAUACAGAACUGUCCCCUCCUUUCAUGAAAGAACUCGAACAGAUUUAUUUUAAUGACUACUUCAAAUAUACAUGGACAGCUCUGGCACACAGAAGAAACAGUGAUGAAAGGCACAAUUAACAUGACCCAUAUCAGGUUUUCAGAUAUAGCAGCAAGUUUUUAAACCCAAUCACUAGAAGUCCAGUGGGUAUUAUUACAUCCAUUAUGAGUGGCAGGUUGAUGAACAUGGAAGGCAAGUACAAGUUUAGUUUGGCUACACGGGUGGGCUCAUGGCAAUCCCUACAGCUGUGAAGUCCACAAGGCAGGAGUAUAAACUAACCAUCACAAACAAUACCUUCUGGAAAAAGAUGACAAUUUUCCAAAGCAGAGUGUUCAGUAUGAAACAUGAGCACUGGGAUUCAGUUUCCAAAGCAACACAAGAGUAAGCUGGUUACAGUAAGACUUAAUAUUUCAAUACUAGAAUUUGAUCUCUAAGGAAAAACUAUUUGUCUUAAAAUACCAAAUAUGCUGGCAGUGCAUCUUACAGUACUGUGUGUUUCAGCCACUGUUAAGGCUUGAAGAGAUUCUUGUUCCCCUCUCAGCAGACACUGAGCAACGUUCCCCUUUUAACAAGGAAAGCACUGAACUGCUGAUCCAUGGAAGGCGAAGGAUUCUGGUCAGGACCUGCUCCCGCCCUGGCUAACAGCACGAGCUCCCGUCCUGCAGGCAGCUGCAGCCUAACCGUACAACUUCUCCCCAACAGGAAUCCUAGCACCGGUGAUCACCGGCUUCGGUUCAACAGUAAAAAUACCUCAUAUUUAGUGCCCUAUGGUGUGAUACCACUGAAAUCAAUGAAGGACUGGGGGCCUGUGUACCUUCCCUUUAGAAAGAUCAAAGUCUGUUCCCUUGAAAGAAGGCUUCAUCGUUCUCAAAAUGAAGCUACUUUAAGUUCUAGCUGCUCGUUCUUUAUAGCAGAAAUCAGCAAAACCCUUAAAAGACCACUAAGGUCAGAAAAGUGACACUCUCAAAGACUAAUUUAUCAGGUCAGCGUGGGGUGCGUUUUUUAUGUCGGCAAUCAAUGCUAGUCUGAAAACACCAGUUGUUUAGUAGCCUUUCAGCAUUAUGCUGGUGAUUGAUUGUAAAGAUGAUUUGAAAACAAAGGGUUUUUUUCCCUUUCUACUACAGUUACUUGCUUGAGCUUUUUCAGAAUACAUCCUUCCUAGUAAGAACAAGCACAGAACCCAGGGUUAAUUUAUUUCAGGGGAACAAGGUUUGAAGAGAUUUGAUUCUUCCCCCCCCAAGACUAAAAUAAUAUUUUCCAAGGUAGAAGCAAACUACAAAUUACUACAAUACUUCAUCUGGAGCAAAUACUUCAAAAAAACCCCCGAGAUUACUGAUAUGAUAAUAUACUUGGAAAAAAAUGAAGGAAAAGCGUUACACAGUUGUUCAAUUUUGCCAAAGACUAAUCGCACUCCAGCCCAUUCAAGGAAUUGUGCAUCACAUGGGCAAAGUAUAAAUUGCUUUGCUCUAAACUGACUCACGGUAUUUAAAAGCUGCUUGUAAAAGAGCUAGGCAAGCAGCCAUACGACAGAAGAGUCCAGUCUUUUAUUGGUCCACAAAUCACGUUUAGCUGUUUGAAUUUUUCUAAGCCAUCUUUCAGUUAAGAAAAAACAAAUGUAUCUAUAUGAAUAUUUUCAAUCAAUGCACAUAAAUGGUUGAGAUGCCUGCAAAAGCGCAAAGCCUUAUACAGUGCUUUAGAAACACUCUUUAACUAAAAGAAUAAAAAGUGCUAAUUUGGGAUCACGUCCUGUUCACAUUGUUUACAAAGUUUUCAGUAGGACCACCCCACCCACUGAAUGAGCAAAGCAAGAUUAUCCCGACAGUCUUGUAUUUCCUUGCUCCAGAGCCAUCCUGAUCAGCUCAGAAAAGCCAGUGCUCGUAUCAGCCAGUCUGUUUGGCAUCCAGUAUAAGAAGUUAAGAAUAAUUUGCCCAGAUAAUGAAGGUUUCUGGCAAUGCCUUUGGUGUUACAAAAGUUCUCCUUUCUGAAGCUUUAACAGCAUCAGAAGGAGCUAACAGGAUCAUAAGAUAAUGCAGUAUAUUUUGAAACAUUUUCCAUUAUUUGAUUACUGUAAGAUUCAGUGGCCUAGAGGGGAUUUUUAAGGCCACAACAAAAAUAAC